AUGGAAGAAAGAGACGAUGAAAGGAGGCAGCCAAGAAUCAAAGACUGUCUCUCACAGCAGGCAGCCAAGAAUCAAGGACUGUCUCUCACAGCAGGCAGCCAAGAAUCAAGGACUGUCUCUCACACAGGAGCAAAGAAGUUCAAGGAAUGUCUUCACACUGGCAAAAUCCAAGGAAUCAAGGAACCAACGGUCUCUCACACAGGCAGCCAAGAAUCAGGACUGUCUCUCACAGCAGGCAGCCAAGAAUCAAAGGACUGUCUCUCACAACAGGCAGCCAAGAAUCAAGACUGUCUCUCACAAAACAGCAGCAAAAAGAAUCCAAAAGGCCUGGUCUUCCUCAGCAGGCAGCCAAAAAUCAAGAAGUGUCUCUCAAAACAGGCCAAAAAUCAAGACUGCUCUCACAGCAGGCAGCCGAAGAAUCAAGGACUGUCUCUCACAAGCAGGGCAGCCGAGAUCAAGGACUGUUCUCACAACAGGCAGUCAAGAAUCAAGGACUGUCAGCAGCAGCCGAGAAUUAAAGACUGUCUCUCACAACAGGCAGCCAAGAAUCAAGGACUGUCUCUCACAACAGGCAGCCAAGAAUCAAGAACUGUCUCUCACAACAGGCAGCCAAGAAUCAAAGACUGUCUCUCACAGCAGGCAGCCAAGAAUCAAGGACUGUCUCUCACAACAGGCAGUCAAGAAUCAAGGACUGUCUUCACAACAGCAGCAAGAAAUCAAGACUCUCUCACAAAGGCAGCAAGAAUCAAAGCCUGUCUCUCACAAACAGGGGGGCAGCCAAGAAUCAAGGACUUCUCUCCAAACAGGCAGCCAAGAAUAAAAGAUGUCUCACAACAGGCAGUCAAGAAUCAAGGACUGUCUCUCACAACAGGCAGCCAAGAAUCAAAGACUGUCUCUCACAACAGGCAGCCAAGAAUCAAAGACUGUCUCUCACAACAGGCAGCCAAGAAUCAAGGACUGUCUCUCACAGCAGGCAGCCAAGAAUCAAAGACUGUCUCUCACAACAGGUUGCCAAGAAUCAAGGACUGUCUCUCACAGCAGGCAGCCAAGAAUCAAGGACGUCUCUCUCCACAACAAGCAGCUUUGAUCAACGACUGUCUCUACAGCAGUCAGCCAAGAUCAGGACUGUCUCUCAAACAGGCAGGCCAAGAACAAAGAAACUGUCUCUACAAGCAGCCAGCCAAGGAAUCAAAGGGCUGUCUCUCACAGCAGGCAGUCAAGAAUCAAGGCCUGUUCGCUACAACCGGGAGGCCAAGAAUCAAAAGACUGUCUCUCACCAACAGCAGCAGAAUCAAAGACGUCUCUCACAACAGGAGCCAAGAAUCAAGACUGUCUCUCACAAAGGCAGGCCAGCCAAGGAUCAAAGGACUGUCUCACAGCAGUCAGCAAGGAAUCAAAGGGACUGUCUCUCACGCAGGCAAGUCAAGAAUCAAAGGACUGUCUCACAAACAGGCAGCAAGAAAUCAAAGACUGCUCUACAACCAAGGCAGCCAAGAAUCAAAGGAUGCUCCUCACACAGCAGCAGAAAUAAGGAACUGGUCUCUCACAACAGGCAGCCAAGAAUCAAGACUGUCUCUCAGGGCAGGCAGCCAAGAAAAUCAAGGAACGUCCUCCUCACAGCAGGCAGCCAAGAAUCAAGGACUGUCCUCUCACAGCAGGCCGCCAAUAAUCAAAAGGCGUCUCUCACAAGGCAGGCCAAGGUCAAGAAUCAAGGUAAACUGUCUCUCACCACAGGCAAGCCAAGAAGGAUCAAGACCUGUUCUCUUCACAAAAAAAACCCCCCCCAUGCAAGGCCCACCCCCCAACAAGGAAUCCAAAGAACUGGUCUCUCACAGCAGCAGCCAAGAAUCAAAGCUGCUCUCACAGCAGCAGACAGAAUCAGGACUUGUCUCUUCACAGCACGCAAGUCAAGAAUCAGACUGUCCUCUCACAACAGGCGCCAAGAUCAAAGAACUGUCUCUCACAACGUCAGCCAGUAUCAAGACUGUCCUCUCACAGCAGGCAGCCACGAAUCAGGACUGUCUCUCACAACAGGCAGCCAGAGUCAAGGACUGUCUCUCACAGCAGGCAGCCAAGAAUCAAGGACUGUCCUCUCACAACAGGCAGCCAAGAUCAAGAACUGUCUCUCACAGCAGGCAGCCAGAUCAAGACGUCUCUCACGCAUGCAGCCAGAUCAAGGACUGUCUCUCACAGCAGGCAGCCAAGAAUCAAGGACUGUCUCGUCACAACACGCCAAGAUCAAGACUGUCUCCCAACAGGCAAGCCAGAAUCAGACUGGUCUCCCAGCAGGCAGCCAAGAAUCAAGGACUGUCUCUCACAGCAGGCAAGCCAAGAAUCAUGCUGUCUCUCACAGCAGCAGCCAAGAUCAAAGACUGUCUCUCACAACAGGCAGCCAAGAUCACGAACUGUCUCUCCAGCAGGCAGAAAGAAUCAAAGACCUGGUCUCUCACAGCAGCAGUCAAGAAUCAUGAUCUGUCUCUCCAUCAGGCAGCCAUGAGUCAAAGACUGUCUCUCACAACAGGCAUCCAAGAAUCAAGACUGUCUCUCAAACAGGCAGCCAAGAAAACCAAUAAUUGUCUCUCGCAACAGGCCAGCCAAGAAUCAAGAACUGUCUCUCACAGUGCUAGCCAAGAAUCAAAGACUGUCUCUCACAGCAACAGGCCAAGAACAAGGACUGUCUCUCACAGCAGCAGCCAAGAAUCAAGGACUUGUCUCUCACAGCAGGCAUCCAAGAAUCAAGGACCUGUCUCUCAACAACAGGCAAGCCAAGAACAAAGGACUGUUCUCAACAACAAGGCAGUCCCCAAAGGAAUUCAAGAAAUGUCUCUAACAGCAGGCCAAGGCCCAAGAAUCAAUAAGAACUGUCUCGCACAGCAGGCAAAAGCCAAGAAUCAAGGCCUGUCUCUAACAGCAGGCAGCCAAGAAUCAAGGACUGUCUCUCCUCAAAGCAGGUAG